AUGUCCCCGCCCUCCGGCCCACCGCCCGCGACGUCCGUCCUCUUCGCCCGCGGGGUCAUCGCCCGCCUCGCGUACUGGCCCGCCCUCCGCAUCGCCGUCGACCAGGGCUGGGGCGGCGCCGAAUCCGCCCAAAAGCAGACCUGGGUCGCGUCCGUGCUCGUCGAUGACUUCGAGGAGCAGGACCCGACGCCUGAUCUCAACUUCGUCGAGGACCGCCUGCUUCAGGUCAUGGUCGACGAGUUCGACGCGGACCUCGAGGACGGCAGCGCCGAGGCCGUGGCCAAGGACAUCGUCAGCUUGUGGGAGGAGGUCAAGGGGAAGAAGGUCGAGGUCGAGGAGGCCGCGGGGGACAACAGCGACUGGGAGAAAUGA